GGAUCAUUUUCUCCUUGGAAUAGAAGAAUCUCAUCAAACAGCAGCCAGGCUCAGAUUUGCAACCUUCACAGAAGAGGCCAUUCAUAAGCUGAGGAGAAAGAAAUGAACUACUCCUCAGGUUGCCAAACCAAAUUUACAGUUCCUACUGCCCAGACUCCAGCUUCUGUCUUUACUCCCUUGCAGAGCCAGGCAGGGGACUGGAGAGCAAAAGCCUAAAAACCAGCAACCUCUCAAGCUCUGCCCCACUGGCCUACCCACUUGAUGACCACUGGGAAGUGUUCGAGCUGGGGCUCUUACACAGGUGUUGGGAGAGGAUUUGGGACUUUCCCAGCAAUGCUGUGCAAGGCAGAGCACAGAAGGAACUUACACUCUCGAGGAGUUAGAGAAGGGGGGACCAAGCAGCAAAGGAUCUUAAAGGUUCAGGGAACGUCUGCCAGUCCCUCUUACACCAUUACGCGAGUCGUCUUCCCCAUACAACCAGCAGGUAUGUGGCAGCGGCGUGCCGCUGCUCCAGGCUAUUAGCUAACCCAGAGCGCUCAACCCUCUUGGGGGUUUACUGGGUGGAGACUGCACAUCUCUGGAAAAACACAGCUCUUCUUGGGCAAGAGUGACUGAAAUCCACCAUUAUCUACCCAACAGCAGAGACUUCCCGUACACCCUUGUCAGGCCCCUUUCCUGCUGGAUGGAGCUGCUCUCCCUGUUCCUGGUAGUUUAUCAGCGGAAGCACAGUGUCUCCCUAAAGCCGUGAGACCCUGCCACUUAUCGUUUGUAUGUUAUGGCAUCCCAAGGCUGGUGCUAGUGCUGAUUCUUUCAAAAGCAAAUAGCUCCGACCCACAGGACUUUUGAUCAACCUCUGCAGUGAGAUCAAGAAAGAAGGUGCAGGAGCUUUGUCCCCUCUUUAGCCAGGUAGCAGGAGCAGAAAUUAAAAAUACAGGAGAACUCUGAAAGGCCCAGCCUGAUCUGGGGGCUGCAGGGCAGACACUAAAAACCUUGAAUUGCCACAACAUGAGGCUGCAAGAGCCCUGUGUAAUCCCUGGGAGCUGGGGAGGUUUGUCUGGAUCUGCAGCUCUCCUGCACUUCAUUUGUUUCUGUGAGGGGAUGAUAUCUUCGCAAUUUGCACUACCAGAAAGCAUCUUGAACAGGGUGUGGGGAAAGACCUUGAAUCUCACACAGAGCCACUUGGGUCUCUCUUGGGUGGAAGGAUGUUUGAUGUAGGAGGUCAGAAGUUCAGUUUACACUCUAAACCAAGUUCAGACUGCAUCAAAUCUGACCACAUCUGUUAUUUCCAGGAAUAUUCUGGAGCAGGAAGGAGGUCCAAAUGAGUCACUUGAGCCAUCGUCUAGCUCUGACAAUUAAGUACGGCCCCAAUAUACUGUAGAUCUGGACACGUAUGCUCCUCCCAGUCCUGCGUCCGAUACCGGUGCUAAGUCUCUGCUUGGGCAACACACACUUGUGCAUGUCGUGACAGCCCCUCAUACGCUUCAUCCUUUAUGGGAAAAGCCUGGUGCUUCCGUGAGUUAAGGACUAACAGAAGGAAAUGCGUAAGCAGGGUCACUAGUACUGCCUUUCCUACACAGCUCUGAGCACAGUAGUGCACUAUUGGAUCCUGCACCAGAAUGGAGACCCUCAGGAGUGGACGGCUGUCACACGGGCUUAUGCUGUGCUGUGCCUUUUGGGGACUCUGCCUGGCCUCUCCUGACUAUGAUGAUUACUCUCAGAACAGCACCAACGAGCAGGCAACGACACCAGAGAUCACACCGUGUCCCCGAGCCAUCCCUGGGGAAAAGGCAAUCAUAAACAACAUCACGUACCUGUUGAUACAUGAGGCCACACGCUCUCAGCUGGGCAGCGUGGUCACAGUGCGGCUCAUCCCCUGCCUCUACACCCUCAUCUUCCUGGUGGGGCUGCCUUCCAACGGGUUGGCCCUAUGGGUCUUGGCCACCAGGACUGAGAAGUUGACCUCCACUGUCUUUCUGAUGAACUUGGCUGCAGCAGACCUGCUGCUCAUAUUGGUGCUGCCCUUCAAGAUUUUCUACUAUUUCCUGGGCAAUAACUGGCCCUUUGGGGAAGGCCUAUGCCGGCUCACCACAGCUUUCUUCUAUGGGAACAUGUACUGCUCAGUACUGCUGCUCACAUGCAUCAGUGUUGACCGGUACCUGGCUGUGGUGCAUCCUUUCUUUUCGCGUUCUUUCCGCACUCCUGCCUUUGCUGCCUGCACCUGCACUGCCAUCUGGCUCUGUGCUGCCGUCCUCAUCCUGCCCCUGACUCUGCAGCAGCAGUCAUAUCCCCUGUACGGAGUAAACGUCACUCUCUGCCACGAUGUUCUCCCCAGGCACGAGGAUGAUGGCUAUUACUUCUACUACUUCAUCUGCCUGAUCGCCUGUGCUUUCCUCGCUCCUCUCGUGGUGAUGUUGUUCAGCUACUGCUCAGUAUUGCGAGCCCUCCUGGACAGUGGGAAGCGGUACUCCUACUCUAUGAAGCUCACAGCUCUCGUGCUGUUCACACUUGUGGCCUUCUACACACCCAGCAACGUUCUGCUCCUUGUUCAUUACUCCAGCUAUAACUCCAAGCUGUAUGGCAACCUGUACAUCAGCUACAUGGUGAGCCUGGCCAUCAGCACUUUUAACAGCUGCGCCGAUCCCUUUGUCUACUACUACGUUUCUGAAGACUUCAGGGAUAAGGUGAGAAGAAGAUUCUUCAGUCACAGAAAACAAAACACCACAUCCCUAAAAACCUCCAAGGAAACACUCCCUCAAAAAAGUUCCAAAGAUUCACUGGUGUAAGCCUCCAUCCCAGCUUCGUGCUCCCAAGGCACUCACAACAUACAUUGGGGAUAAGAUGAAGACAACACUGGGAUCCUACAAGUUUCAUCCAGAGCAGUGAGCAGUAUUUACCAGGAGACAAGUCCUUCCUCCCAUCUGAGUAGCUAAAACUGAAUAAACCUGGGCCACAGGAUUCUGAGAGGUGUGGAGCCCAGACAAGAUGCGGAGUGCUGAACACGUAUAGAUCUGUUACUGGGACACUGCAUGCAGCUUCUCAUCUGGUCACAUAUUGCCAGGGAUGCUCUUGCUAAUAUACCUAGGUCUGGUUUUCCUAAUACAUCUUGCAAGCUGAUGAUAUCUGUGUUCUAUUUCUUUUUCUGCUACUGACUUGCUUGCUGUCCUUGAACGCAUACUCCCCUCACCUAAAACUGAAAAAGAACAGGCACUUGCAAAACCAAAUUUCUAAACAUUUAAGUACUAGGAAGUACCUAUGUGAAAGGUACUCUCCUGAACUAAAAUAUUCUGUCAAGAGAAUGUAGAGCACUUUUCUAGCAAAUACAUUCUUGGCUUGAUUAGUAAGCAACAUCAUAGUAAUGUCAGCCCAUUGUUGGUAACAAGUGUAAAAAUCCCAUUUACUAAUCCCUAUUUUUGCAAAUGACCCUUGGCAUCCCUAAUUUCUUUAGGGCAAAGAUUGUAUUAAUGGAUUUUUUUAAAAAUUAUGUCUCUUGAAGGGAAAUAUUAAAGAAGGAAUUGAGAAAACC